UUUCUUUCAACAAUCAAAUCUCAUUAAUGACCAUACGAUGAAAAUAUAAUAGAAAAUCUAUUUCCAAUAUAAUCGUUAUUAAAAUACAUGACACAAGUAAAUACGAAUUUGUUUCAAUUGAAUUUAUUUAUUCUUUUUCAAAAUUGUUUAUUCUUCGUCAAAAUAGUUUGAGAAAACAGUGAGUAUGGGAAAUUUGUGUUAAUAAGGGAUAAAUAGAUUGAAAAUGAUCUUGGUAGUGUUUGGUGAUGUCUAUGGUUGAGAUGCGUCCUCCUCGUCAGCUGCGAAGCACGUGACGACGAGGAGUGAAUUCUAUCCCACGUAUCAUGCGUGGGUGGGCAUCGAGAAUACAUAGGAAACGGAAGGAGGAAGAUUAGAAUUGAGAAGAAGAAUUGAGAAGAAGAAUUGAGAAGAAGAAUGAUGAUCCAUCUAGACAACUGUUCAAAUCGUUUUCUAUUUGUGAAUGAUGCCACGAAUAUUCGGUUACGACAAAGGGGAGAAGGGAAAGUGGGAUUGUUCGACGGGAGGAGAAUACACGCGAUCGCUCGAUCUAACUCGGUGGGGUUAUUGUAAGAAAAUAAGAUAAAUAUCUGCAAGGAAAAAAGUAAUAAAAGCAAAUAAAUGAAAGAAGAGAAAUCUUUGUUGAUCCAGCAGAUAUGGCAGUGAAUUCGUUUACACGAAAAUUCAUUGGCAGCCUUGAUCCUUUUCUUUUUAUAUUUCUUCAUACUACAUUUAUUUUAACUGCCCUUGGCACGUUCGGUGAUGCUUCUUCUGCUCUUCCUGUAAAUGAAAGAACAAUAGUGCAAAACUCGAAGGAGUGUUUCGGUGUUCGAAAACAAUCGAAGGGUGAAGUGAAGCUCGCCGUGAUAGCUCCUGGUGAUCCGCAUCACGAACAAAGUUUGCCUAGGGUUUUACCCGCUGUACUUUUGGCUGUGAAAGCUGUUAGCUCGGCAAAAGGGCCCCUACCAGGAUGGAACAUAAAGGUCGACCACCGAGAUUCGCGUUGCUCCAGCACUUACGGACCAUUGGCUGCCUUCGAGUUUUACAUCAAUCAGACGGCAGAUGCCUUUUUGGGUCCUGUUUGCGACUAUGUAAUCGCACCAGUUGCAAGAUACGCUGGCGUAUGGGGGAUUCCCGUGCUAACGGCAGGUGCUCAGGCCGAGGCCUUUCGUCACAAGGAUGAACAUUAUCCGACCUUGACCAGAAUGAUGGGCAGCCAUCGUUUGGUCGGCGAAGCACUAAGACACAUUCUUCAACGAUUUGGUUGGAAAAUUGCUGGAUUGUUGUAUCAUAAUCAUGCAAUGGCAAGCAGUCGUGGUAACUCCGAGUGUCAUUUCACAUUGGGUGCUGUCUUUACUGCUUUGAAUCAAACACCAGCUCACAGAAGCUUCAAUCAGGAAAAAACUAAUGCCGAGGACUACAGGAAUCUUCUUCUUUUUGUGUCAAAAUCUGCCAGGAUUGUAGUCAUGUGCGCAAACUCAACCACCAUCCGAGAAAUCCUACUAGCAGCUGAGGAACUAGGAAUGGUUGAUUCAGGAGAAUACGUAUUUUUCUCUAUAGAACUUUCAUCUAGCGACAAUAAUUCAAUAGAACCAUGGAGAUUGGAAGGUGACACGGAUGAGAGGAAUGAAAAAGCUAGGAAAGCAUAUCAAGCACUCUUGACAGUAACAGCACGUACUCCUGAUAAUCUCGAAUAUUUAAAUUUCUCGCGAGAAGUUAAAUCCUUGGCACAAAGCAAAUACAACUUUACAUUCGGUAAUAGUUCUGUUUCCACGUUUGUCACAGCAUUUUACGAUGCUGUUCUUCUUUACGCUCUUGCACUUAAAGAAAGUCUACCGGAAAAGCCGGGUGAGGUUGAUCUUGAUGGUGGUAAUUUAACAAGAAGAAUGUGGGGAAAAAGUUUUAAAGGAAUUACUGGAGACGUGAAUAUCGAUGAUAACGGCGACAGAAUUGCGGAUUAUUCUCUUUUAGAUAUGAAUCCAGAAACGUCCAAAUUCGAGAUCGUUGCAAAUUACUAUGGUGCGAAUAAAACACUGGAGUAUAUAACAGGAAAACGGAUUCAUUGGUCCGGUGGAAGACCAGAACCACCCCCGGAUACCCCAUCGUGUGGAUUUGAUGGAUCGCUCUGUCCGGACAAUUCUCUACCAGGAUACGCAAUUCUCUCGAUUGUUCUCAGUUCGAUCGUAGUGGUUCUCGUUGUGGCUUCGGUUUUUAUUUAUCGGCACUUCAAACUAGAAGCAGAAAUCGCUUCCAUGACGUGGAAAGUACAUUGGGACGACAUCAUUUGGGUACCUCACGCGAAAACUAGAGGAUCUAUGUACUCUUUAGUUGCGAACAAGUUACGCAGUAGUCAACUGACCGUAUACUCCGACGAUAAUGUUAGUCUACCAGAGGGCGUGGACAAACACGUUUAUAUUCAGACAGGAUUUUACAAAAACUCAAAGGUUGCCAUAAAAUUAAUACCGAGGAACAAAGUGGAACCAUCGAGGCCUUUAUUGCUGGAGUUAAAACGGAUGAAAGAUCUUCAACAUGAUCAUUUGGUACGUUUUUAUGGUGCUUGUGUUGAACCACCACAAUGUUGUUUAUUGACGGAAUAUUGCCCUAAAGGAUCUCUUCAGGACAUACUGGAAAACGAACAGAUUAAACUCGAUCGUGUAUUUUGGGGCUCUCUUAUCCACGAUAUAGUACGCGGUAUGGCUUAUUUACACGCUUCCGAGGUCAAAAGUCACGGAAAUUUAAAGUCGAGCAAUUGCGUAGUGGAUUCUCGAUUUGUAUUGAAAAUCGCUGAUUUUGGAUUACAUGAAUUGAGGAGGUCCAGUUUGAUGGAAGAGGAAGAAUUUGAUAAAAGUAGCUACGCAUAUUGGAGACGACAACUGUGGACAGCACCAGAGUUGUUGAGAAUGGAAAGGCGACCACCCGAAGGCACUCAAAAAGGUGACGUUUACAGUUUCGGAAUAAUCGUACACGAGAUUGUCAUUCGGAAAGGUCCUUUCUAUUUGGGAGAUAAUUGCAAUCCAACGCCUAAGGAAAUCGUAGAGGGCGUCAGGAAAGGGGGUAGUUCACCUUUAAGACCAGUGAUCGACGAAAGUGCUGUUGAGGAAGAAGUAGCUACACUAAUGAGACGAUGUUGGGCGCAGGAUUCAGCCGAUCGACCUGAUUUUCCCGCGCUAAAGCAGACCAUCCGCAAGAUCAACAAAGAUUACGAAAGUAGCAAUAUCCUGGACAAUUUGUUGUCUCGCAUGGAACAAUAUGCGACGAAUUUAGAAGCCUUGGUCGAGGAACGUACUGCGGAUUACUUUGAGGAAAAACGCAAAUGCGAGGAGCUUCUAUAUCAGUUACUGCCAAAAUCCGUUGCAUCUCAGCUGAUACUAGGACAGAGUGUAAUAGCUGAAACGUACGAUCAAGUAACCAUUUACUUUAGUGAUAUCGUUGGUUUCACCAGUCUAUCGGCUGAGAGUACGCCACUUCAAGUAGUCGACUUGUUGAACGAUCUCUACACCUGUUUCGACUCCAUUAUCGAAAAUUUCGACGUUUAUAAGGUCGAGACGAUAGGAGACGCUUACAUGGUCGUUUCCGGAUUGCCAGUGAGAAAUGGCAUGAAUCAUGCAAGGGAAAUAGCGAGGAUGAGUCUGGCAUUGAGGGACACCGUUAUGACAUUUCAAAUCCGUCAUAGACCAGAAGAAAAAUUGAAACUUCGUAUAGGAAUGCAUUCUGGACCUUGCGUCGCAGGUGUGGUUGGUUUGAAAAUGCCGAGGUAUUGUUUGUUCGGUGAUACUGUCAACACUGCAUCCAGAAUGGAAAGUAACGGGGAAGCAUGGAUGAUACACGUGAGUCCAAAGACAAAAGAAAUUCUGGAUACUUUCGGGACAUUCGAUCUUGUUUGCAGAGGAGAGGUGACGUUAAAGGGUAAAGGUACAAUGACGACGUAUUGGUUGAUGGGUGAAAAACCGAUGAAUAAUAACGUUAAGCAAAUAAACACACCCCAAUCUACCGGUCAACUUCCACCCAUUUCCAACGAACCAGUGACGCAGCAGUUACAGCAACAGCAAAUACAACCAAUGCAAAAUAAGUCGAAUCAAACGAAAAUGGAAGCAAAGGACCAAACUUAUUCCGUUCAAUCCAAAACUCAGCCUCAGGUGGAAUCAUCUCAAACACGUCACAUUUCGAUUCAAGAUAUUUCAAAAAAAGAUCAACCUCAAAAUAAACAACAACAAAAUCCUCCAACACCACAACAGCAACCGCAACAGAAGCCAAUACCGCAACAGCAACAACAGAAACCACCACAACAGCAACCACAACCAUCGCCACCACAGCAGCAACCCUCACAACAACAACAACAACAACAACAAAUACAACAACAAUUACAAGCAUCGUAUCAAACUAAUCAAAACCGAAUACACUUUGGUAGCAGUACAUGUAACAUCACGGUAACCGGAAAUGGAGCACCAGCCAAUAGUGUGUCAUCAAGUAAUGUUGUUUCGCCAACUCACGUACGUGCAGUCCCAGUUCAACAAAAUCGACAAGCGUAUACUUACUCGGCGGAAAGUAUGCCGAAUCAUACCGAGAGUGGUCCAAAUACGCCCCUUCUUUUACCUGCAGACUCGAUGCCUCGAAUUUAGCUCUUUUCGUGCGUCUCUUAUCCUGAGUUUGGUAAUUCGGAUAGGAGAAUCGAGUAUGAUAUUUCUACCCAAUCAAAUAUCCUGCCAUCUGUACAUGCUACUCGAAAAGACUAAUUAUUCAACAACAACAUGAAUCAAUGGGAAAAAAAGAGAUUCCUAAGAUUGAAAUCAUUUUUCUGGAUUUUCUUGAUUUUCUAUAAAUGCACACACAGAUGGUGUGAUAUUUUGAGCAGAGUAAUUGGGUACCAGCGAACAUUUAAAUCGAUGGUAAGUCGUUCAUAAUACAAUGUAUACAUAUGUAAUAAGACAAAGUGAUCUCUUUCUAGAUGUUAUUACAGAACCAAUAAUAGUCAGUGUUGAUUAUGCAUCUGACGAUAUCUAAAUUAAAUAGCUACUUUUUUCCAAAGCUAUAUACUACGUACUUCUUUAACGGAUUCCCAGGAUUACACGUUUAAUGGGUCUAUAUUAAAAAAAAAAUAAAUAAAAAUAAAUAAUAAGUACGGGGGGAAUAAACAUAUAAUAUAAUAUAUAUAUUAUAUAUAUAUAUAAAUAUACUUACAUCGGGUAAAUAAUUCAGUAUUCAAUGCCGACUUGCCCGAAUCGACCAGUAUUAGACAAGGUGCUGUUAACGAGAAAGUCUGCGACGAAACGGGCAAUCGUUUGCUCGUCAUUUUCUAAGCGGCUAAUUACUCAUCUUCCUUUUAACGACGAAACCAAGGACACGCGUUUCGUUAUUUUUUUUUUUUUUUUUUAAUCAAAAUAUUUUUACAUUUUAGAAUUACUUUCUCGUCUUUCCAAACUGUAUAUUUUAAGCUUGCAAAUAUUUAACGACUAUACUCAAGUCGUAUUAUUAUCGUAAUAAUUCUUGUUCUUUCUUUUGUAUUUAGUUUCAUGCCAAAUAAUAGGAUGUUGUUGUCUAUAUAUGUGAGCGUGUGAGCGUGUGUAUGUGCGUGUAUAUGUGAGAGAGAAAUAGGACCAAAUUAUAACUUCGAUCUGCUUUUCUCAAAGUAUUCAUGGAGAUAUAAUUUUUCCAUUAAAAUAAAGUAACGAGAAUUAAAUGCGUAACUUUAAUGGAAGGGUGAACUUUGUCGUUAACGAUGUACAAGAUGAAAAUACCUGUUCAAUGACUAAUGAAUUUAUUUGAAAAAAAAAUAAAGAAUACCAGAUAUGUAAUAUUAAUGAAAAAGUUAAAAAUACAGGGUUAUUCAAAAAAGAUAAUACCAAAUUAAAGCUGAUUUAUUAUUUAUUAAACUGAUAUGCACAAACUACAAUGAUAUGCAUUGAUAAAUACAUGCAUAAGUUUUGUAUCCAUAAUUUACAUGUCUGUCUGUGUAGAUGAGUAGAAAUAAGUCCAUUUUUUCCUAGACACGUUCUUGAUAAAACCCUUAUGCAACUCAGACGCGUUUCAACAUAUCCUUAAUUAUUCGCUUCAUAUCAUCAAAGAUAUGGUUCUUCAAAUUUUCCAGAUAUUAUGGGAAUAAAAGAGCUUUCACAACAUCCAUAACGUAUCCCCACUAAAUAAAAUCGCAAGGUGUUAAAUCAAGUGACUGUGGAAGUCUCACAAGGGGAUGGUCAGAUCGACCAUUAUCCGAUUUUUUUCAAACUUGCAGUAGUCCAUGAGAAUAUUCGUUGUACUUUUUAAAAAAACUAGAUAUUUAACCGUUUUCGAAGAAACGGUAAUAGAAAUUUCGCAAAAGUGGCUUCGUGUCUCUGAUAUCGCCGGAUCGAUUCCUCGACAGGGAACAUUUUCUUUUUCUGCUCUUUUUUAUUUUUUACUUUCGUUAUUGUAAAGUAUGUUUAAUUCAUUUUAUUAUUUUUCUAUAAUAAAGCGUGUGAAGUUUCUUCUUUUUGCCAACGUUAUUAAAUCAACAGUAUUACGCAUACACAAGUUAUAUAAUUAAUAAUUAUAAAUUAAAUAAUACAAUUAUAUAUAUAUAUAUAAAAUACAAAAACAAAAAUUAAUUUUUGUACGUCCCCUUGUCAAUAGUAUGAUCCCUUGCAUGAUCGAUCCAGCACCCUGUUAGAUUGGUACAGAAGUGUUUACGAACGGUACUGUAGAAAUUAGAAGGAGGACUAUCCUGUUGAAAGAUAAGAUUAGGACAAUCUUUCUCUAGUUGAGGCAUGAGCCAUUCUGUUAAUAUGUCCAGGUAGGUGAAGCCAGUGAUUGUUGACUUGGCAAACAAGAAAGAUCCAUCAAAUUUGCGUCUGUUCAUCUCAUAAAGUACGUGAAUACAGAUACACACACAACUUAGGAACAACAAACUUACGACGAUCGUCAGUCAUUGUAUAUCAUUAUGCAUCGUGUAUGUCAGUUCACAAACGAAUAAAUCAACUUUCAUUUUGAACUAUUCUUUUUGAAUAACCCUGUAUUAUCUGCUUGUCAGAUAGCUCAAAAAAAUAGAGAAGGAUAAAUAAAUAAGUACGUAAAUAAAUAUCUAUAUAUGUAUACACGGGCUAAAGACACAAACAAAUAAAAACAUAUAUAUUAUAUGUGUGUGUAUGUAUGUAUUUACGAAAAAAAUAUAUUAUACGUGUCAGUCUCUGAGGAAAAUUAGACGGCAUUAGAAAAAUUGAUGUUCAGCAAGCAAUUUCUAGUAAGGAGAGGCUGGGCCUUUCGCAAUUAUAUUAGACGAACAAAAUAACACUCAAAAGAAAAAGAGAGAGAGAGAGAGAGAGAGAGAGAGAGAGAGAGUGUUUGUGUGUGCUUGUGGUACGUAAAAGUAUACGUAUGAAAGAAAGGAAGUAAACAAGACAUAUAUAUAUAUAAAAUGUGUACGAGAAUUAGUAUGUAUGUAAGUAAGUAAUGUUUUAUGUGAUGGGAGAGCGUGUUGUCGGUCAGGCAAUGACGCGCGUUUGAGAAGUCAAUCGUUUCUUGGCUUUUUGUUUAUGAAAAACGUGACAAGAGGAAGUGAAAAAGCGUGCUUAUCGUGUAUAUUGAGUAUAUAUUGGUGGUAAGAAAUAAAAAUUAUAUUUAUGUUCA